ACCAAACUUGUAACAAAUAUUUGGAGAAAAUAGAGAAACUAUUGGUGCCCUCUUUUUGCUUCAAGAUCAGCAAACCUUUCGAUCCUAGUUCCAAUUCCAAGCAAGAAACAAUGGCUGACGCUGUUAUCAGUGCUACUGUUGAGGUCGUCUUGGGGACACUUAUUUCCAUUGCUGCGGACCGCAUUGGUAUGGUUCGGGAGGUCAAAGCAGAGUUGGAGAGACUAAGCAACACUGCUGCAAUGAUCCAAGGUUUCUUGGCUGAUGCUGACGGGAAAAUGCAUACCCAAGGGGUGCGAGAGUGGCUCAAGCAGCUAGAAGAUGAGGUUUUUAAAGCUGAUACCGUGCUAGACGAGCUCAACUACGACAAUCUUCGUCGGGAGGUGAAGUACCGAAAUCAACCAAUGAAGAAGAAGGUAUGCUUCUUCUUCUCCUUCUUUAAUGCAAUUGGCUUUAGUUCCAGCUUGGCUUCAAAGAUCCGAGACAUCAACACCAGCCUAGAGAGGAUCAACCAGGGAGCCGGUCACUUGGGAUUGAUCAACCAAAUUGAUCAACCCCCUGCUGAUGCCGCUGGUGCCAGACAGACCGACUCUAUUGUCGUUCCGAACGUUGUAGGAAGAUCCGGCGACGAGUCAAAGAUUGUGGACAUGUUAUCGAGCCCAUCUGAAAAGGUUCUUUCUGUUAUUCCCAUAACAGGCCCGGGAGGUUUGGGAAAGACAACUCUGGCGAAAUCAGUCUACAAUAAUCCAAAAAUAGAUGGGCACUUUGGCCAAAAAAUUUGGGUUUGUGUGGCUAGAAAAAUUGAUACAGUGGUGCUGUUCAAACUCAUUUUAGAAUCGUUGACAAAAACAAAGGUUGAAGUGGAUGGUAGGGAAGCCAUAGUUCAAGAAAUUCGAGGAAAGCUCAAGGGACAAAGAUAUUUCCUUGUUCUUGAUGAUGUGUGGGAUCAUGAUCAAGGAUUGUGGGAUGACUAUUUCAACACUUUGAUGGGACUCAACGAAACCAAAGGAAGCUGGUGUCUUCUCACUACUCGUCUAGAAUAUGUGGCUAAUGCUGUGCCUAGACAUUUGCAAAUGAAUGAUCGUCCUUAUUUCUUAGGAAAGCUAUCAGGUGAUGAGUGCUGGUCCAUCAUAAAAGGAAAGGUGAUGAGUGCAGGGGAAGAAGUACCAGAAGAAUUGGAAGCAUUAAAGGAACAAAUUUUAAGAAGAUGCGAUGGCCUACCCUUGGCGGCAAGUUUGAUUGGUGGCUUGUUGCUUAACAACAGAAGAGAGAAGUGGCACUCCAUUGUGCAGGAGAGUCUUUUGAAUGAAUAUCAAAGCCAAAUUAAUCAAAUACUUAAGGUGAGCUUUGAUCAUUUAUCAUCUCCAUCAGUUAAGAAAUGUUUUGCAUAUUGCUCGAUUUUUCCCCAGGACACUGAAUUAGGAGAAGAUGAACUAAUUGAGCACUGGGUUGCUGAAGGUUUUGUUCUACCAGAUCGGGAAAACACAGGAAUGAUGGAGGAAAGAGGAGGCGAGUAUUUGAGGAUUUUGUUGCAAAAUUCCUUGCUGGAAAAAGUCGAAGAGCCGUGGAGAACAUACUAUAAAAUGCACGAUCUCGUGCAUGAUUUUGCAAAAUCAAUUCUCAAUCCUAAAAGCAGCAAUCAGGAUCGCUACCUUGCAUUGAACUCUUCUGAAGGUUUGGCAGAAAAUACCACAAGGACAAUACCAGCAUCAAUUCGCACGUUAUUUCUCCAUCUAGAGGGUGGCGUAUCUACUGACAUGCUUUUAAGAUUCAAGUGCUUGCAUGUUCUCAAAUUGUCUGGAUAUGAUGUCGAGUCUCUACCGAGCUCCAUUGGCAAACUACUACAUUUGCGGCUGCUCGACAUUAAAUCUUCUAGAAUCAGAAGUUUGCCGGAAUCUCUUUGCAAGCUAUAUAAUUUGCAGACACUAACAAUGAGAGCUGGUGACCUUGAAGGAGGUUUUCCAAAACGGAUGAGUGAUUUGAUUAGCUUGAGACAUCUAAACUAUUACCAUGAUGAUGCAGAAUUUAAAAUGCCGGCGCAGAUGGGACGAUUGACUUGUCUUCAAACUCUGCGAUUCUUUAAUGUAAGUCAAGAGAGGGGUCGUGGUAUCGAAGAGCUUGGGACCUUGAAAUAUCUGAAAGGAUGGUUGGAGAUAAGAAAUCUUGGACUAGUGAAGGGCAAAGAAGCGGCUAAAAAAGCAAAAUUGUUCGAAAAGCCAGAUCUGUCUUUCUUGGAGUUUAAAUGGAAGAGUGGGGAACGGGAAAGCGAUAACCGUGAGGAGGAUGUGUUGGAAGGUCUCCAACCUCACCCAAAGUUGCAAAGGUUGGGAAUUCAUUCUUUUAUGGGUAAUAAAUUUCCACAAUGGCUUAUCAAUUUGUCAAAAUUGGAGGCAUUGUGGAUAGAUGACUGCAAGAGAUGCAGUGAACUCCCCUCGUUAGGGCAACUGCCAUCCCUCAAACGUCUCUUUUUGAGAAGAUUGGACAACAUUCAAUCUGUUGGAGAUGAAUUAUAUGGUAUUAAUACUAAUGAGGAGGAGGAGGGCAGAUCACGAGCAUCAGGGAGCUGCACUAGAAGACGAAAAUUCUUUCCUGCCCUUGAAGUACUCCAUGUAAGGGAUAUGGAGAAAUUGGUAGAGUGGAAGGAUGCAGAGCAAGCGAGGUCAACGGUAGGUGAAGCAGAAGCAGAUGUCUUUCCCAUGCUGAGGGAUUUUUACAUUGGAUGUUGCCCACAACUGACCACUGUUGCAUGCUCGUGUAAAAGUCUAUACGUGGAGAAUUGCGGUAAUCUAACAAGUAUAAAAAAAAUGGGUUACGGCGCUGCUUCUGUUGAGGACUUGUGGAUCGACUCUUGCGACAAUCUUAGGGAGCUGCCAGAUCUGGAUCUGUUUGGAUCGAGUUUGCGGCAAUUGGCCAUCAGAUGGUGCCCAAGAUUAAUUAGUCUAGGAGUAAAUGGACAGAAAUGCCCCCUACCAUGCCUUGGGAAUUUGUGUAUUGAUAAUUGCGAAGGCUUGACCACUAUAUCCGACAAAAUGUUCCAGUCAUGCCGGUCUCUGCGGUCCCUGUCGGUGAUGAGGUGCCCCAAUCUAGUGUCGUUUUCGCUUAAUUUGCAGGAGACGCCUUCUCUCGAGAAAUUCGCCCUACUCGACUGUCCCAAAUUGCUUCCUCAUAGUUUCAAAGGAUUUGCUUUUGCCGCCAGCUUAAGAAAAUUGAGCAUCAACAGUCCCUUCUCCUCAGAUGACUCCUCAAUUGAUGAUUUUGAUUGGUCUGGUUUAAGAUCAGCAUCAACACUCCGUGGGCUUCGCUUAGAAGGGUUACCUCACACGGAGUCCCUGCCACACCAGCUUCAAUACUGGACUACCCUCACUUCACUAAGUCUCUUCAACUUUGGAGGAAUAGAAGUGCUACCGGAUUGGAUUGGAAACCUUGUGUCCCUUGAAACAUUAAAGCUACGGUCUUGCCAAAAGCUUCAAUCUUUACCACCCGAGGCCGACAUGAGACGCCUCACCAAGUUAACUUGUGUUGAUGUUUAUCGGUGUCCUCUAUUAAGACAACGAUACACUCCCCAAAGAGGCAUCUACUUGGAGGAGGAGAUUUCAAGUGAUCCGACAAGCAGUGACAGCGAAUAAGAAAGCAAUAAUGGUGCUCAAAUAUCAGUUUCAUGUUGUUUCCCAUCGUUGCUGAAGAAGGAGAAACCAGGAGAGAGUCUUAGAAAGCGGACCUCAUGUUGCUGGACAAAGACACCACCCUUUGCUGUUGCAUUUCUUACAAGAUUGCCAGGGGGCAGAAGUUAUUUUCACUGACUAGACAGGUUUGAAGAUGAAGUUAGUAAUCAAUGAUGAGAAUUUUACACAUCAGAGAGCGCUAGCUUUGAUGGAGGCUUCACCAGUAGGUGGUUCUCCCCAGGUUUCCCAAACAUAAGCUUUUACUCAUCUCCUGCUCGGGCUGCAGAAAGAAAGUGAGCUGGAUUACUGUAUUGCAACCUUGCAGAUGAGCAAUGCAAACUCAAACAUCAGCUUCAUGUUGUUCUCCAUUGCUGCUGAAGAAGAAGAGCUCAGGAGAGUCUUAGGAAGCAGACCUCAUGUUAUUGGACAAAUGACACCACUGAUUGCCGUUGCAUUUCUUACUAGAAUGCCAAGGGACAGAAGUUAUUUUCAUUGACCAGACAGGGCUUGAAGAUGAAGGCAGUUAUCAAUGGUGUUAAUUUAGCUCAUUAGAGAGCAUUAGCUCUGAUGGAUGUUUCAGAAAUAGUUGGUUCUCCCUUGGUUUCUCAAACAUAAGUUUUUCGUUAUCUGCUGGUCAGAAUGCAGAAAGGAAGCAGGCUUGUAGAGUGUGAUAUGGAUGAAGAAAAAGAGAGGGAAAACAUCCGAGCAUGGAAGCUGAUACAGGAGACCUAUCAAGGUGCGCAGCUGAUUUUAGGCAAACUGGACUGAUGGACUUGGUGAAAGAGUUGGAUGUUUGUGACAGUAGAGACAAUAAAUUGGAUAAACAAUCAAUUUGGAGGAGUGAGAAAUGUAGAUGCAAGAAGUCUUGAAUUGCACAAAGGUCCAAGGAAGAGGAGGGAAAACGUUCUUUUCAGUAGAUGUGUGCAUAUUUUGUGAAGAAUUAACACUUCUUAAAAGAUGGCAUUUCAUACUUUUGGCGUAUCAGAAUGUGACAAGUCCUGAUGGUGCGUUUUCUUCAUCUUUUACAGGGAGUAAAAGUAUGUCUAGAGACCAAAUUUGUAAGAUUUCCUACCCUUUUUUAGCUAGACAUUUGAUAGAGAGAACUUAGAACUCUUGUUACUUUUCCUCUUCAAGUAAUCAUUUUUUGUUAUCUCUGCGAAAUUGCUUAAUCCAGUGGUUUGUUAGCCA